UGUAUAAUUGUAUUAAGUUCCCCCUACUGUAUGCGAAACAAUUUUAAGCUUUAAAAGUUGCAUAUGGAUGAUACGGAACUGGCCGCCCUGGUCACUUUAGUAUUCCAUCUUGUUCUGCAAUCUGCACAAAUAAAAGCCAUCUGCAGAGGGAACCAGGCCUACUCCCGCAGUCCCACUACCGAUUUGCCAAAGAUGAUAACGCAGGGAAUCCAAUCCAGCGACGACAGGGCCUCGCCAGUUCACUCCAACGCGUCUCCCGCCAAACCUGAAAGCUUCGCCGGCGACGCAACCCACCUCCCAGUCACCGCCUUGGCCGGUGGAGGCGCCGGCCAAGAACGAGGCCCGAACAAGCUGACCCUGCUCCCUCUCAUCUUCCUCAUCUUCUUCCAGGUCGCCGGCGGGCCAUAUGGCGCCGAGCCCGCCGUGCAAGCCGCCGGCCCGCUCUUCGCCCUCCUCGGCUUCCUGGUGUUCCCCUUCGUCUGGGCCGUCCCCGAGUCCCUAGUCACCGCUGAGCUGUCGACGGCGAUGCCGGGCAACGGCGGGUACGUCUUGUGGGUGGGCCGCGCGUUCGGCCCGUUCGCCGGCUCCCUGAUGGGGACGUGGAAGUACGUGUGCGCCGCCAUCGGCGCGGCCGCUUUCCCCGCGCUCUGCUCCGACUACCUCGUGCGGGCGGCCCCCGCCGUGUCAGGCGGCGGCGCCCGCGCGGCGACCAUCGUCACGUUCAACGUCGCCCUGACGCUCCUGAGCUGCACGGGGCUGAGCGUCGUCGGCUGGACGGCCGUGGCCCUGGGCCUCGCGGCGCUGUCGCCGUUCGUUGUGAUGGUCGGCGUCGCGCUGCCGAAGAUCCGGCCGCGGCGGUGGGGGGCGACCGCCCGCGCGAAGGACUGGAAGCUCCUGCUGAACACGCUGUUCUGGAACCUGAACGGCUGGGACAGCGUGAGCACGAUGGCCGGCGAGGUGGAGCGGCCCGGGAGGACGUUCCCCGCGGCGCUGGUCUCGGCCGUGUGCAUAGGGUCGCUCGGGUACCUGCUGCCGCUCAUGGCGGCCACCGGCGCCGUCGAUGCGCCGCCGGAGGCCUGGGGAGACGGCUACUUCGCCGACGCUGCAGGUGUGAUCGCCGGCGAGUGGCUCAAGUACUGGAUCGAGGUGGGCGCGGCGGUCUCCUCCGUGGGACUCUACUCCGCGACGCUGAGCAGCGCGUCGUACCUCCUUGCCGGCAUGGCCGAGCUCGGGCACCUCCCGUCCCCGCUCGCCGCGCGCGCCCCGCGGUUCGGCACCCCCUGGGCCAGCAUCGCCGCGACGGGCGCCGUCGCGCUGGGCAUGUCCUUCCUGAGCUUCGACAGCAUCGUGGCCGUCACCAACUUCCUGUACGGCCUCGGGAUGCUCCUGGAGUUCGCCGCGUUCCUCUGGCUCCGCGCAAGGCGCCCGGGCCUGCCGCGGCCCUACCGCGCGCCGGCGGGCGCGGCGGGGGCCGCGGUGGUGUGCGCGGUGCCGGCGGUGUUCCUGGUGCUCGUCAUGGCCGUCGCCGGGUGGAAGGUGUGCGCGGCCGGCGCGGGGUUCACGGCCGCCGGCGUGGCGGUGUACUACCUCAUGCGGUUCUGCAGGGCCCGGGGGUGCGUCGAAUUUGCCCGGCCGGAGGGAGAGGGAGGAGAGCGCGGAGGCUGUGAGAGUGGGAAGGAAGGCCAGCAUGGUGAUGCCUGAGGUUGAAGUCAUGAAGAUGGUGUGGUGUGCGAGUUCGCGGGGGCGACGCGAUUUGACGCCCAGGGCUGUCCAGGAUAUCGAAAUUAGCUGCGCACGGCUGCAAGAGGAACGCACACGCGCUGGUGGGUGGUAGUGUUUCACAGUUUGGGGCCGUGUCCAUUCGCUCUCUGGGCUUCUCAACAGGGAAAAAUUCAGCCCGCGAAACUGCUGCUUCUUCGUCAUCUCCAUGGGCUCGAACGUCGUGGAUCGGGCUUUAGUUUGUGGGCUGCGCGCGAGGGUAGCAGCGAGCCGCGAUCGCAGAACGAUAUUCCCUCGUGCGGUGCAGGGUGCAGCCGUGCAGGGAAACGGGAAUAAUCGAGCGCGCGACCUCGAUCCGGUCAGUCACACAAGACCCGACAACAGCCCACCGCCGCUGCCGCCGAGCCUGCCGGAAUUAGGAUUCCGGAGGAGCGGUCACCAGCGAGGUCGCCGCCUGCCGGGUGGUGACUCGAGGCGGCGAUUAGGGUUAGAAUUUUGAGUUUUUGAGGUUAGGGAUGGCUUCCAUAGCCGGUGGCUAUAGAAGAAGAAGGUCGGGGGUGGCGGCGGUUCAGGGGCAGUGGCGGUUCGGCCGGUGGCGGAGGCGAGAUGGCGUAGAAGUGCUGCCAGCUGGACGGAGCAGGAUCCUCGGUGAACGGUGGCCGGCGGUGGGAGCCAAAAGAAGAUGGGGGCUGCGGUGGGUGGUGGGCGGGUGAACGGCGCGGCGGCGGCAGCCUCCGGCUAGGGUUGUGGAUGAGGUGACGGAGGAAGAAGAUGACGGCUAAAAAAGAAGAUGAGGAGAGGGGCUGCUUCUGCGACUAAUCAACUCGCAGUGACACGUGUUACAUCCAACAGCGCCCGCAUAGGGAAAAGUUUUGAUGGAGUAUUAGGCGACCACGGGUGUGUUCGUUUUCUAGGGUCUAAAGUUUAGAGAUGUCGUGUCAAAGAGAAUCUUGUCAUUUAGAAGUAUUAAAUAAAGUCUAAUUAUAAAACUAAUUGCAGAACU